GCAGAGGCAUACAACCAAACAACUCAACUCAGUCCUCUCAGCAAUCUCUCCCUCUCUCUCUCUCUCUCUCUCUCUCUCUCUCUAGAGAAUUUUCUCCUUUUCUUUCUCACCUUCCCAAUUACAUUUCCGCCCUUUUUCGUUACCGAAGAAACCAAAUCCCUAGAAUCCAUUUUUUCCUCAGAUGCUUAACAAAUCCUCGCCUUUUGUUUUCUUCUCUCCGCAGCUCGAAAUCGGCAAUAGGAUUUUGAAAUCCGAUUGAAUUGCUCGAACCUGUCAUUGGAGAAAAAUUAAAAGAGAGAGAGAACUGUAUGAGCUGGUCUGGGAAGCUGGGUUUCUUAUUGAAUUACUCGAAUUCUUGUUCGAAUUCCAAUCAUUUCACCACGUGUCUCUUAAUUUUUAUUCUUCAUUACUCGCCUCAAUUGCCUCCGUCCCUGUUUAAAUUCGAGAAAAAAAGUCUAGAUCCUUUAUUAAUUUGUAUUGAUAGUAAUAAUACUAGUAAUUUUAAUUUUAAUUUUAGUAAUAGAAGAAUAAUUUAAAUUAUUGUCGUCGUAUUGUUGAUCGCCGAUUGUCGCUGCCAAAUGGAGUCUGGCCGCACCAAUAGUAAUCCCCAAUUACGCAGAGGUCUAUGCUACUCAAAUGUGGAGAGAAAGCCAUCUGUAAUUGUCAUCGGUGGUGGUAUGGCUGGAAUGGCUGCUGCUCGUGCUCUUCAUGACGCCUCAUUUGGGGUUGUCCUGUUGGAAUCACGGGAUAGGAUUGGUGGUCGAGUAUAUACUGACUACUCGUUUGGUUUUCCUAUUGACCUAGGUGCAUCAUGGUUGCAUGGAGUUUGCAAGGAGAAUCCCUUGGCACGAUUGAUUGGGAGACUAGGACUACCCUUAUACCGUACUAGUGAGGAUAACUCUGUGUUGUAUGAUCAUGAUUUGGAAAGCUAUGCUCUCUUUGAUAUGGAAGGGAAUCAAGUGCCUCCUGAGUUAGUCACCAAAAUUGGUGAAGUAUUUGAGAGCAUUUUGGAGGAGACAGAUAAAAUAAGACAGGAAUUUGAUGAAGAUAUGUCCAUCCUGCGUGCUUUCUCAAUUGUUUUUGAAAGGAAGCCAGAAUUGAGGAUGGAGGGCCUUGCCCAUAAUGUGCUUCAGUGGUAUUUAUGUAGAAUGGAAGGCUGGUUUUCUGCGGAUGCUGAUACCAUCUCACUAAAAUGUUGGGAUCAGGAAGAGCUGCUCCCUGGUGGUCAUGGGCUUAUGGUCAGGGGAUACAUCCCUGUUAUAAACACUCUUGCCAAAGGUCUCGACAUCCGUUUGGGGCACAAGGUUACAAAGAUUGCAAGGCGUUAUAAUGGAGUGAAGGUAACAGUAGAAAAUGGAAGUACGUUUGUGGCAGAUGCUGCCGUUGUUGCUGUGCCUCUUGGUGUGCUGAAAGCAAAGACCAUAAAGUUUGACCCAAAGCUCCCAGAGUGGAAGGAAACAGCCAUUUCUGAGCUUGGUGUGGGGAUUGAGAAUAAAAUAGUGUUGCACUUUGAAAAGGUGUUUUGGCCAAAUGUUGAGUUCUUGGGAGUUGUCAAUGAGACAUCUUACGGGUGCAGCUACUUUCUGAAUCUUCACAAGGCUACUGGCCACUCUGUCCUUGUUUACAUGCCCGCUGGGCAGCUAGCCAAAGACAUUGAGAAAAUGUCUGAUGAAGCUGCUGCUAAUUUUGCUUACACGCAACUCAAAAGGAUCCUUCCAAAUGCUUCUGCCCCGAUUCAAUAUCUUGUUUCUCGGUGGGGCAGCGACGUCAACUCGCUCGGCUCCUAUAGCUAUGAUACAGUAGGCAAGCCCCAUGAUCUGUAUGACAUGCUAAGGAUCCCAGUGGACAACUUAUUCUUUGCAGGGGAGGCAACAAGUGCGAACUACCCGGGGUCGGUGCACGGUGCCUUCUCAACUGGCCUAAUGGCUGCUGAAGACUGCAGGAUGCGAGUCUUGGAACGUUACGGGGAGUUGGAUUUAUUCCAGCCAGUCAUGGGUGAGGAGGGAUCGUCUGUUCCACUUUUGAUCUCUCGCCUGUAACUUGAUUAUAAUAAUUGUACAAUAGAAAGACAUGUUAACAUGGAAUGUUGGCUAACACAUUAUAGCCAUUUUGAUUGGCCCCAUUGGGAAAUGUUGUGGAAACCCACCAUUUUCUUCCCAUGGCUGGUCAGAUGUUUGUUAAUGUGUAAUAGUCUUCUUCUGUGUAGUUAUCUAUAUUUGGACUGUCAGAAAAUUGAAUCUAGUUGUUGGGAGGCAUUAUGUGGUUUGUAGGUGCCUCCGCUUAAUUGGUGGGAAUUAAGGACACUAAAUUUGCUAUAUUAAUAAGUAUGGUUGUGGAGCUCUUGAUCA